ACUCUUCUCACGAAGCUGCUUUGUUCACAACGGUUUGGUCUUGUCUGCUGCUGCUGCAAAUGGAAAUGUUUCAAAUCAUCUUUUUGACAGUGGCAGUCAGUGCACAAGUAUCACCUCCAACAGUCAAACCUGUUACGACAAAUAGAGCAAUCCCAACAGCAAAACUAACUUUGGAACCAGCAUUAGCAGUAUUCUACCCGUCUGACAACGUCACUCUGAAGUGUGAGAUUGAGGGCAGCUCAGAUGACUGGAGCUACAAGUGGCGUAACAAUAAGGGAUUUCUCCAAGAAUCCAAAUCUCGAUUAGAAAUCACGUUGAAAUCAAUGGAUGACUCUGGAGAAUAUACCUGCCAGCCAUUCAUUAAAGACAGAGUGACCGCUGAAAUGAGUUCUGCUGUUACACUUCAAGUUAAUGCAAUCCCAACAGCAAAACUAACUUUGGAACCAGCAUUAGCAGUAUUCUACCCGUCUGACAACGUCACUCUGAAGUGUGAGAUUGAGGGCAGCUCAGAUGACUGGAGCUACAAGUGGCGUAACAAUAAGGGAUUUCUCCAAGAAUCCAAAUCUCGAUUAGAAAUCACGUUGAAAUCAAUGGAUGACUCUGGAGAAUAUACCUGCCAGCCAUUCAUUAAAGACAGAGUGACCGCUGAAAUGAGUUCUGCUGUUACACUUCAAGUUAAUGCAAUCCCAACAGCAAAACUAACUUUGGAACCAGCAUUAGCAGUAUUCUACCCGUCUGAAAACGUCACUCUGAAGUGUGAGAUUGAGGGCAGCUCAGAUGACUGGAGCUACAAGUGGCGUAACAAUAAGGGAUUUCUCCAAGAAUCCAAAUCUCCAUUAGAAAUCACGUUGAAAUCAAUGGAUGACUCUGGAGAAUAUACCUGCCAGCCAUUCAUUAAAGACAGAGUGACCACUGAAAUGAGUUCUGCUGUUACACUUCAAGUUAAUGAGACUCCUAGACCAAAGCUGACCGCAGAUCCAAACUGGACAGAGUUUUUCCCAAAUGAGACAAUCACACUGACGUGUGGAUUUGAUGGCAAUUCUGACGGCUGGUCUUUUGAAUGGCUCAAAAUCAACGAAACAUUAAAAACAAGCUCCACUCUAACAAUCACAGCAAAGCCCUCUGACUCUGGACGAUAUUCAUGUAAAGGAAAACUUAGAUCGGUGGUUAGCCAACAGAGUGAUGCAUUUCAACUAAAUGUCAAAGAUCAAUGGCCCAAGCCAAAUUUGACCCAGAGCCAAAAUGUUCAAGUGUUUUACAAAGGAGAAACUAUAACAUUUAACUGUAAAGUCGAGGUGCGGUCACUCAACUUGGAAUAUCUAUUUUUUAGAGACUCAGUGCAGAUUCAUGCUAACACCAGCAACAGUUUUUCUAUCCAAUCAGCACAAGUGUCUCACAGUGGGAAAUAUUUGUGUCAAGUCAAACGAAGAACUCUUAGCUCUGGUCAAAGUGACGUACGCACAGUAACUGUCAAAGAAAUUCCUCAAGCUCAGCUUAAUUCUGAAUGGAAAGAUGCUUUUCCUGGUGAAACGGUGUCUUUGCAGUGUGUGAUUCCAGGUGUAUCAGAAAACUGGAUCUAUAUGUGGUUCAGGAACGAGAAAACUGUCUCCAGUGGUCCUGACACAAACGUAUAUGGAAAUACUCUGUCACUCUCGGUUAAAUCUCAUCACACUGGGCUAUAUAUGUAUGUUUGUCAAGCUCAGCUGGAGAGAAGGUCUGUGACGUCUGCAAAAAGCACACAACAUUCAUUAAACAUUUAUGAGCCACCUCAACCAAAACUCUCAAUAGAGUCUGAAUGGAAAAUGUUUUACCGAAGCGAAAAAAUAACUCUGAAGUGUUCAAUUAAUAAAAAUCCAAAUGACUGGCUCUAUGAAUGGUACAAAAACAAAUCUCCUCUCCCUGAAGCAAAGGACACGCUCUUGAUCAACUCAGCAGACAUAAGUCAUUCUGGAAGUUAUAAGUGCAAAGGGAAACAUCAACAGAGAUCAAAAGUGACUACAAGUGAAACACAAGCUUUGCAGAUUCACAUUUAUGAUAAAACUCCAAAACCGGACAUAAAAGAACAUCCAUCUUUUGAGUUUUUCUACACUGAUGAGCGAAUUCACCUUGAUUGUAACAUGUCGGGUGAUGGUUGGGAAUAUCACUGGAACAAGGACUCAAAGCCGACACAACCUUCUAUCACAAAUACAAACUACACCAUAAACUCAGCAUCUCUCCAUCACACCGGUGUCUACAAAUGUGAAGCGAAGAGAGGCGACUUCUCAAUCUACAGUGAGCCGCUGAAAGUGGAAGUUCAAGCUCGUUUAUCUGCUGUGCUGACACUGGGCACUGAAUUGAGUGACAUCAUGGCCGGGUCUGUCCUGACACUGAGGUGUGAGGUCUCAGAUGGCAAAGAAUGGAACUACACCUGGUCAGAGAACGGACAGGAGCUGAAUGAGUCUUCUCAUACAUUAAAAGUGAAGGCAACCGAAGAUACUAUAAAAAAUGAAUUUAAGUGCAGGGGGAAAAGGACAGUACGACCGCUGUACUCCUCUUGGAGUGAGGGGUUUGUGGCCAAUAAUACUGUGUUCAAAAGAAAAAUACUGCUGGCCAUCUCAGGAUUCUUUAUCUGCUGUAUUGUUAUUCUGAUCAUUGGAUGCAUCGUACUAAAAAUCACCCGUAAACCAGUGAAGAAAGAGACUCUGUGUGAGGACUUGUUUAUUUCAAUGGCGGACUCCAAGAAUCAAGCUACGACACCCUUGAUGGAAUACAUGGAAAACAAGCCAAAGGAGAACGAAUCUGAGGAAAAGGAGGAACUGAUUAUGGAUCAUAUUUCAGUCACUCAUGUGGAUGGUGUGAUAAAAGGUAAAGAUUCACCAUCAGCUGAGGCUAAUGGCCUAACAUCUUUUAAAGGAACCUAAAACAUUUUUCAGCAAUGAACAUCAGGGUGACGUUUCUCUAAGAUAUCUCUUGAUAUUUCUGUAAGACUGCAUUAUGUAUUAAAUAGCACAGCACUUUGUCUAACAGCAAUUGCACUUUCCUACCUACAAAGGCGGAAAAACAUGCUUAUGGUUAUGACAGUAAACCUGCUCAUGAUUGUACAGUGAAAAAACAUAAAGACAGCAAUUUCUGUAAUGUGCUCAGAAUUAAAACAAGGGCCCCCGGUUGCUUAAACUUAGCCGCUAAAUCUAGUCUCACUGACUAGCAAUUAGUUAGGGCUAAUCAGUCUUACUUUUCAUAUUUCAAUGAGCCCAAUCUACCUUUUUAUAUUACUGAUUUAAAGAAGUUAUGACCAGUCUUGAAGAAAAAAAAUAGGUGACUAACUUCUAAGACUAAUCUAAGCAGUUUAUGCAACCGGCCCCAGAAGUAAACACAGUAUACUGUAUCUGUCUGUACACACCUAGUAUAUAUUAAAUUGUCAUACAGUGCAUCUGCUUUGUAUUCCUUUUGGAAUUUAUUGAACAGUAGCAAAAGUUUUCAAUUGUUUCUCCUUUUAUAAGUGCCAAGUAUAAGAGUACCUCUUCUGAUUGUGUGAUUUAAAUUUGUUAAAUAAAAGUUUACUUAA